UCCCCGUCAUCGUACGUUUAUCGGCGCACCAGUACAGUAGAGCGGGCAGCCCGGAACGAACCUCUGGGUAGCAACUUAGCUAGCUGCCGCUUCCAUGUGUGCGCGGCUGUCAUAACGGUGAAAAGUCCGCGAAAGCCACCUGAGCUUAAAGGUUCCCUCUGAACACCAAGCCAGAACACGUAGAACCGAGCUUUAUUCGCCGACACGGACAUGGCGACAUCCAGCCCCUGUGUUGUGAUUAGUGACGAUGAGCAGGGGUAUGACCUGGACCUUUUCUGCAUACCAAAGCACUAUGCAGCUGACCUUGAGAGGGUUUACAUCCCACAUGGGCUAAUCUUGGACAGGACAGAGAGACUGGCCAGAGAGAUUAUGAAGGAAAUGGGUGGGCAUCAUAUCGUUGCCCUAUGUGUGCUCAAAGGGGGCUACAAGUUCUUUGCAGACCUGCUGGACUACAUCAAGGCCCUGAACAGGAAUAGUGACCGUUCCAUUCCAAUGACUGUGGACUUCAUUCGCCUCAAGAGCUAUUGUAAUGACCAGUCUACGGGUGAAAUCAAAGUAAUUGGUGGCGAUGACCUGUCUACACUAACAGGCAAGAAUGUUUUGAUUGUGGAGGAUAUUAUUGACACAGGCAAGACGAUGAAAACGUUAUUGCAACUUCUCAAACAGUACAAUCCCAAAAUGGUUAAAGUAGCCAGCUUGUUGGUAAAGAGAACACCCAGAAGUGUUGGCUACAGGCCAGACUUUGUAGGAUUUGAAGUCCCUGACAAAUUUGUGGUAGGAUACGCGCUGGACUACAAUGAGUACUUUAGAGAUCUAAAUCAUAUCUGUGUCAUUAGUGAAAUGGGGAAGGAGAAGUACAAGGCAUGAAGACUCUUUUCUACAAUGCUUAAAUGAUGGUUGAAGCUUUUCCUUUUGUGGUUCAUUUUAUAUUGUAUUACUUCACAUUUGCGUCAUAGAAAAAUGUGCAGCCUGCUCAGGGCCAUGGGGAUAUACUGAUACAGUAAUGGUCCUGAUGCAUUUCAGGUUUUAAAUGAAAUUGAUUGCUUUAGAUAGUGUAGUGUCUGGGUUGAACAGCAUGAAACCCAGCUUUGCUUUAAGUGAGUACGCUUUUGCCCCCUUCGCUAAUUGUAGUCUUUUGUUUAGCGAUUGAGUAAUUUAUUCAAAGCAAUGCUGCUGCCUUCAAGUUCAAAAUCACAUUUACUGUGCAACAAUGAGGUUUCACACUUUUGAAAACCUCCUAACUUAUAAUCUCUUGCUUUUAUUCCAUAUUCUGCUUGUACUUGAGACUAUCGGUAUGGACUUCCUCAAAGAGGAUGUCACAUUCAACACAUGGGUAUGCUGAAGAUUAAAUAUCUUGUUUUCUUUUUUAAAAAUACUUUGCGUACACAAAUCCCCCAUUGAGCCACAUUAUUUUUGUUACAUAAAAGACAAAUAAAUCAUUAUCAUGCUGGACAAAUAGGUUGCAAAUGAUGUAUGUGGCCAAUACUACAAAAGAAUCAUGUUUUAAAUAAUAUGUAUGCACCCAUCAUUGAAUCGAGCAUAAUUAAACUACCUUAUUUAUAAUUCAUCAAUGAUGCCAUUAUGUGUCAAAUGUAUUUUAAUUUAUCACUCAUUAAAUAUUCACACCCUAA